CAAUGGGAGGAGCAUAGAAAUACAUUAACGAAUUUUCCUUCAUUAGAUAUAUUUAUACAGUUUUUAAGUAACAGAGCAGAUUUAUUGGAAACAUUGCAAGAAAACAAAAAUAAUAAUACAAAUAAAAUAGAAAGUUCUAAAACUAAUUCUUACUUACAAACUACAAAUUAUAAACAAAAUAACUACAAUACUAAUAAUAAUAAUAACAAAAAAGAGACAAAAACAAAUAAUAAUAAUUUCAAAAAACCAUAUCUGUGCACUAUUUGUAAACAGAAUCAUUUCUUAUUCAAUUGUGAAUCAUUUCGUGCUCUUCCUAUUGAAACCCGUAUCCAAAAGGCGUCAGACGCCAAAGUUUGUUUAAAUUGUCUUAGACCAGGUCAUGUAGAAAAUAAAUGCAGUCUUGUGCCUUGUAAAUAUUGCAAAAAAAUGCAUAACACUCUUUUGCAUUUACAUGAAUCAAACCCCACGCCUGGACCUUCUGUCCCAAUUAAUACUUUUGCAAAUUCCACCGACAUUAAUAAGCAGAUUACUACUCCGCCACAUAUUUUGCUUUCCACAGCGAUGGUGAAGGUGCUGGACAGCAAGGGCGCCGUGCACCAGGCUCGAGUGCUGCUCGACAAUGGUAGCACGGCGAACUUCGUCACGCAGUCAUUAUGCGAUUCAAGGCAGAUACUAUCCAACCAAUCAUGGGACAGCUGCCAGCAUCUCGAACUGAGUUAGAGUACCCUUUUUUGCAUUGUUGCGUUGAUUACGCAGGUCCAGUGUUGAUAGCAGACCGUAGCGGUCGUGGAUGUCGACUCAUUAAGUCAUAUUUGGCAAUUUUCAUUUGUAGUUCGAUUAAAGCCUGUCAUAUUGAACUCGUUACGGCUCUGUCUUCUGACGCUUACUUAGCUGCUUUGAACCGCUUUAUAUCUCGCAGGGGAAAGCCCCAGAGCAUUACUUCCGAUAACGGAACAAAUUUUGUAGGCACUUACAAUGAACUGUCGAGAUUCUUGGUUCAGUCUGACCUUGAAAGCCGUGUAGCUCAGGAGGGCAUCGAAUUUAAACUCGUUCCCCCACAUAGUCCUCAUUUUAACGGUCUGGCAGAAGCAGCGGUCAAAUCAACCAAAUACCACGUUAGACGCUUGCUACAGACAACCAACUUCACAUUCGAAGAGAUGGCUACAUGCCUCGCUCAAAUUGAGGCCGUUUUAAACUCCCGUCCACUCACUCCUCUCUCUUCAGACCCCAAUGACCUUUCUGUCCUUACUCCUGCCCAUUUUCUUAUUGGACGAUCACUGUCUUUUGUGCCUCAUCCACAGAUCCCGGAGGAGACCAACAUCAACCGGCUGCAGCGCUUCAAGAGAAUAGAGCUCAUAAAGCAGCACUUUUGGAGACGCUUCUCCUUGGAGUAUGUGGCUCUGUUACAGCAGAAGGUGAAGUGGCAGUCAUCGAAGGCAGAACCAAAGAUUGGCGCUCUUGUGCUCAUCAAAGAUAGAGCUCUUCCACCACUGCUCUGGUCUAUGGGCCGAGUCAUCAAGCUCUAUCCUGGCACCGAUAAUGUGUCUAGAGUCGCUGAGCUCAAGACGAAGGGUGGCACCAUUAGAAGAGCCCUCAUUAAUUUGUGCCCUCUUCCAGAUUGUUGAAGUCUUCUCGUCUUCAGACUUCAAGCCGGGGAGCAUGUUGAGAACCCAACAACGCGCGGGAGGAGACGUGCGGGCGGCGUACAAUGACUAACGUCACCUCGGGCCGACAGCGUCAUCAUCGGCUGCGCUCGGGUCAGACACUCGCCUUUGGGACACCACCGUCGUCGCACAAAUACCGCGUACUCUCAUAAUUGAUUGUAAUUAGGCUGGCGAGAAUUACAGCAACCUAUUUUAAUACAG